AUGAGUUACGAGGUUUCGGGUCCACCACUGGUGUCCCCAUGGAUGAUGUUAUCAAUGAGCGAAGCGAGAACUGAUUUGGAUGACGCGAAAAUUGUUAUUCCUGGACAUUCAGUUUCCGAUGCUCCACAGCAUUUUAUGAGAGGACAUGGAACAUAUAUUCGAGAAGGAGAGAUUGUCUCAACGGUAUCUGGAGCUGUGAAUCAAUUGAAUCGACUUCUGAUGGUAAAACCGAUCAAGCAAAGAUAUAGUGGGGAAGUUGGUGAUGUUGUGGUUGGAAGAGUUGUAGAAGUUCAAGCAAAACGAUGGAAAGUUGAUGUCAAUUCAAGGUUACAUAGCAAUUUACCAUUAGGAAGUGUGUUAUUACCAGGAGGUGAUUUUCGUCGAAAAGAUGUUGAAGAUGAGGAGAAAAUGAGCGAGUUUUUGAAAAAUGGUGAACUUAUUUGUGCGGAAGUUCAACAAGUUCAACACGAUGGAACUUUAAUGAUUCACACAAGAAAUAAUAAAUAUGGAAAACUUCGACAAGGAAUCUUAAUAAAGGUAGAUUUUUUUCAAGUUUUAGAUAGGUUAAGGUGAAUAAUUCUAGGUUCCUCCACAUCUUAUCAAAAAAUCAAAAGUUCAUUUUCACACACUUCCUUAUGGAAUGGCUAUAAUUAUUGGAUGCAAUGGAUGUGUUUGGGUAACACCAGCUCUACCGGAAACAUUUGAAGAAGAACAACAUGUACAGAUUAGUGAUUAUCAAAAAGUGUCGCAAGAAGUUCGUUUGGCAAUGGUUCGAGUUGCUGCUUGUGUUCGACUUCUCAAAGAUUAUUCAAUUUCAAUAUAUUUGAAUUCUCUAACAACUUGUUAUGAAAUGAGUCAACCUUAUGAAAUCAAAGAAUUGUAUGAGCAAGAGACUUCUUCGAGAUUAGCUUAUUUGAUUGCAGCCAAGCUUUUACACGAAAUUCAGGAAAAUCAAUAG